GACCAGCCACAUCCCCCGGGGCUGAAGUUGAAGCAGAACCAAGCGCCAUCCCAGCUUGGGGCCAUAGAUUCCAGAGUCGGCAGAGCCAGUGGGCUGCUGGGCAGCUUCUGCUCUGGGGCCAGAGUGCUGGGCACUCAGGCUCUCCACUGGGCGGAAUGGCACUUCAAGUGGAGCUGAUACCCACGGGGGAGAUCAUCCGGGUGGUUCAUCCCCACAGGCCAUGCAAACUUGCCCUGGGCAGUGACGGGGUGCGGGUGACCAUGGAGAGCGCCCUGACGGCCCGUGACCGGGUAGGGGUACAGGAUUUCGUGUUGCUGGAGAACUUCACCAGCGAGGCUGCCUUCAUCGAGAACCUGAGGCGCCGCUUCCGGGAGAACCUCAUUUAUACCUACAUUGGCCCUGUCCUAGUGUCUGUCAACCCCUACCGGGACCUACAGAUUUACAGCCGGCAGCAUAUGGAACGCUACCGUGGUGUCAGCUUCUAUGAAGUACCACCUCAUCUGUUCGCUGUAGCAGACACUGUGUACCGGGCACUGCGCACGGAGCGCAGGGACCAGGCAGUGAUGAUCUCUGGGGAGAGUGGAGCAGGCAAGACAGAGGCCACCAAAAGACUGCUACAGUUUUAUGCAGAGACCUGUCCCGCCCCUGAGCGAGGUGGUGCAGUGCGGGACCGACUGUUGCAGAGCAACCCAGUGCUGGAGGCCUUCGGAAAUGCCAAGACUCUUCGGAACGAUAACUCCAGCCGAUUUGGGAAAUACAUGGAUGUCCAGUUUGACUUCAAGGGUGCUCCUGUGGGAGGCCACAUCCUUAGUUACCUCCUAGAGAAGUCUCGUGUGGUGCACCAGAAUCAUGGGGAGCGAAACUUCCACAUCUUCUACCAGAUGCUGGAGGGGGGUGAGGAGGAGACCCUUCGCCGGCUGGGCUUGGAACGGAACCCCCAGAGCUACCUAUACCUGGUAAAGGGCCAGUGUGCCAAAGUCUCCUCCAUCAAUGACAAGAAUGACUGGAAGGUUGUCAGGAAGGCACUGACGGUCAUCGACUUCACUGAGGAGGAAGUGGAGGACCUGCUGAGCAUUGUGGCCAGCGUCCUCCAUUUGGGCAACAUUCACUUUGCUGCUGAUGAGGAGAGCAAUGCUCAGGUCACCACUGAGAACCAGCUCAAGUAUCUGACCAGGCUCCUUGGUGUAGAAGGCACAACGCUGCGGGAAGCCCUGACACACAGGAAGAUCAUUGCCAAGGGGGAAGAGCUCCUUAGCCCGCUGAACCUUGAACAGGCUGCAUACGCACGGGAUGCUCUUGCCAAAGCUGUGUAUAGUCGCACUUUCACCUGGCUAGUCAGGAAGAUCAACAGAUCACUGGCCUCUAAGGAUGCUGAGAGCCCCACCUGGCGGAGUACCACAGUUCUUGGGCUCCUGGACAUUUAUGGCUUUGAAGUAUUUCAGCAUAACAGCUUUGAGCAGUUCUGCAUCAACUACUGCAACGAGAAGCUGCAGCAGCUGUUCAUCGAGCUGACGCUCAAGUCAGAGCAGGAGGAGUAUGAAGCCGAGGGCAUUGCGUGGGAGCCUGUCCAAUAUUUCAACAAUAAGAUCAUCUGUGACCUGGUGGAGGAGAAGUUCAAGGGCAUCAUCUCCAUCUUGGAUGAGGAAUGUUUGCGUCCUGGGGAGGCCACAGACCUUACCUUCCUGGAGAAGCUGGAGGACACCAUCAAGCACCAUGCCCACUUCCUGACGCACAAGCUGGCUGACCAGCGGACCAGGAAAUCCCUGGACCGUGGGGAGUUCCGCCUUCUGCACUACGCUGGAGAGGUGACCUACUGUGUGACUGGGUUCCUGGAUAAAAACAAUGAUCUUCUCUUCCGGAACUUGAAGGAGACCAUGUGCAGCUCGAAGAACCCCAUCAUGAGCCAGUGCUUUGACCAGAGUGAGCUCAGUGACAAGAAGCGGCCAGAGACGGUGGCCACCCAGUUCAAGACAAGCCUUCUGCAGCUGGUGGAGAUCCUAAAAUCCAAGGAACCUGCCUAUAUCCGCUGUAUCAAGCCUAAUGAUGCCAAACAGCCUGGCCGCUUCGAUGAGGUGCUUAUCCGACACCAAGUCAAGUACCUGGGCCUGAUGGAGAACCUGCGCGUGCGCAGGGCCGGCUUUGCCUAUCGCCGCAAGUACGAGGCCUUCUUGCAGAGGUAUAAGUCACUGUGCCCAGAAACAUGGCCCAUGUGGGCAGGACGUCCCCAGGAUGGGGUGGCGGUGCUGGUCAGACACCUCGGCUACAAGCCAGAAGAGUAUAAGAUGGGCAGGAGCAAGAUCUUCAUCCGUUUCCCCAAGACCCUAUUUGCCACAGAGGACGCCCUGGAAGUCCGACGUCAGAGUUUGGCCACCAAGAUCCAGGCAGCCUGGAAGGGCUUUCAUUGGCGGCAGAAAUUUCUCCGGGUGAAGCGAUCAGCCAUCUGUAUCCAGUCGUGGUGGCGGGGAACACUGGGCCGGAGGAAGGCAGCCAAGAGGAAGUGGGCAGCCCAGACCAUCCGACGACUUAUCCAUGGCUUUAUCCUGCGCCAUGCACCCCGUUGCCCUGAGAACGCCUUCUUCUUGGACCAUGUGCGCACCUCUUUUUUGCUUAACCUGCGACGGCAGCUGCCCCGGAAUGUCCUGGACACCUCCUGGCCCACACCCCCACCUGCCCUUCGUGAGGCCUCAGAGCUCCUACGGGAGCUGUGCAUGAAGAAUAUGGUGUGGAAGUACUGCCGGAGUAUCAGCCCGGAGUGGAAACAGCAGCUGCAGCAAAAGGCCGUGGCUAGUGAGAUCUUCAAGGGCAAGAAGGACAAUUAUCCCCAGAGUGUCCCCAGACUCUUCAUUAGCACAAGGCUUGGCACAGAGGAGAUCAGCCCCAGAGUGCUGCAGGCCUUGGGCUCUGAGCCCAUCCAGUAUGCUGUGCCAGUGGUGAAAUAUGACCGCAAGGGCUACAAACCUCGCUCCCGGCAGCUGCUGCUCACACCCAGCGCCGUGGUCAUCGUGGAGGAUGCCAAAGUCAAGCAGAGGAUCGAUUAUGCUAACCUGACUGGAAUAUCUGUUAGCAGCCUAAGUGACAGCCUAUUCGUGCUUCAUGUGCAGCGUGAGGACAAUAAGCAGAAGGGAGAUGUGGUGCUGCAGAGUGAUCACGUGAUUGAGACACUGACCAAGACAGCCCUCAGUGCAGAUCGUGUCAACAACAUCAACAUCAACCAGGGCAGCAUCACGUUUGCAGGGGGCCCAGGCAGGGAUGGCAUCAUUGACUUCACACCUGGCUCAGAGCUACUCAUCACCAAGGCCAAGAAUGGGCAUCUGGCUGUGGUGGCCCCACGGCUGAAUUCUCGGUGAUGAAGGCACCUACUGGACUCUCCUGAUCCCAGUGCUUUGCUUAGCCCCUCCUCCCCUCCCACUUACCAAAGACUCGAGCUUCCAGACAGGGAUCCAGGGACACCUCAAAGCCCACCUGCAAACUCUUGCCUCCUGCUCACCCUCUUUUGAAGGAAGCAGGUGCCACGGAACUACCCCAGGAGUGGGCCAGGCCGGGCCACAGCAAUAGAAAAGCGGGGACCAGAGCACACUGUGCCAGCCCCCUGCUGAUGCCAAAUAUGCGAGUGAAGGGAAUUUCAGAUGAGGUUUUCUCUGAGAUAUUUUUGAUGCUUUAUAGAAAACUAUUUAAAAAACAAGAAGCCAUUUUCCUAACCCAAACACACUAGAUGUGUUUUCCCUGACUCAAAAAGGACAAGGAAUCAGCUGAGAGGUUGGGUGGUUGGGUUGUCAGGCCCUCUCUUCCCUGGCCAGGCCUCUUCUCGUUUCCUUGGCACCUUGUCUGUCUACCCACCUACCAGCACCUUUUGCAGCCCACUCUGACCUCCACGGGGACCGAGACCACCAUUUCCUGUCCCCGUCUUCCUGCCUUAAGAAUGCCCUUUUAGGGGCUGUGGGCUUAGCCCAGUGAUAGAGCCGGUGCUAAGCAUGCAUGAGACCCUGGGUUUAAUCCCCAGCAUAAAAAGAAAGAAAAAGAAAAAAACUUUUUAAUAUUAUCAUCCCAGUCUGAGGGCAUCCUGGCCUAGGGAAAGAAAUCUGACAUCUAAUUGUACUAAUGGCGUUCAGUCCCCUGGGGUUUCAGAGCUGGAGAAGAGGCCCACAGAGGGAAGUGACUUGCCCAACAAAGAGCAGGUGGAUGUAACUUGGAGCAAAGCUCCACCCUCAGCACCUCUCACUGCCUCUCACAGGGACCAGGAGUCCCAUAGAGCAUGCGCCAUAUCUUAAGUGCGCAUCUGGCUCCCUGACCAGCAAUCACCCUUGGGGUCCAUGCCUUAGGAUGGAUGACAAGCCCCACCUUCACAUACUUUGGACCCAGUUUAAGGAUGUUUUUGCAUUCUUGAAUUGUCUGCAGAGGCCCUGUUGCCUCUGUGGCCUGGGGGCCUGGGGAAGGGGCUGGUUUAGAGGAGCUGCAGGGCCAUCACCUCUUUCUGCUGCUCCCUGCACCCCUGAGGGCUUGGAGGCCGCCCAGCUGCCUCUGCCCCUGGGGGUCUCAGCCUACUGCUGACACUUCUGCAAUCCAGAGAAACACUAAAUAAAGCAAUAUGUGUUUGCCAA